CUCUACGCCGUCUCCCGCCCACUGGGCGCCGCUGGCUAGCCGGGCUACAGAGCAAGCCUCCGGCAGGGUAGAGUGACAACUCCCCGACCGGAAGUUACUGUUGAAGCUAAGGUGGCCAUAACUGAUAAUGGCAACAGGAGUUUCCUGGCUUCCUGUUUCCCGGGUGACGUAGAUUUUUUUUUUUUUUUUUCCUUCGCCCCUUUCACCGUUACCCGGGGCAACAGCUGAGACGUCUGGGAAGGGAUGCAUCUUUUCUUCUGUAUGCUUGAAUCAAGAACUCUUUCAUCUUGAUAAUACCGGGUUGGAUGCUUUAAAGCUGCAGCAAAAAGACCAGAACUUUCAGGGGAAAACACUGUAUCGAACAACUCCGACAUGGCAGAAGUGAAGCCAGUGUUCCGGGAAGUUCUUCCAAAACAAGGGCCAUUGUUUGUGGAAGAUAUAACCACAAUGGUGUUGUGUAAACCCAAACUUUUACCUUUAAAAUCUCUGACUCUGGAAAAACUAGAGAAAAUGCAUCAAGCAGCACAGGAUACAAUUCGCCAACAAGAAAUGGCAGAAAAGGAUCAACGGCAAAUAACCCACUGAACGGUAACUGAAGCACUUUAGGGAACAACCUGUCUUACCUACUAUUUAACAGUAACUAGAAAAUGAUAUGCUUCUGUGUGCUGAAAGUAGUAUUUGUUAAUAUUAUCAAUAAAAUUGAUAGUAUUAAUUACAAAAAUACCUAAGAUUGAUGAAAUUUGUAUUGUGAAUGUAAACACUCUGGUUUGUAUUGAACAUAAACAGUUACAAUGAACCAAAUUUUAUGGGGUUUUUAUUCAUGUUUUUAGAAUUGCAUAUUAUUUGUUCACCAUUCCUGUUGCUAUCUCUUAUAGAUAACAUUCUUGGGCACAAGGGACUAAUGGAUCUUUACAUGUUUAUUAAAAUCUGAAUUGGAAGAUAUAUUCCAGUCUUGCAUAAAGUGUUUGCUGGGCUUUUACAUUAUUUAAACAAAUUAAUUUUAAAAAAAUUUUUUUAACCAAUUUUAUGUGCUGUCAUGUUAAAUACUAUCGUGUGUGACCAGAUCCUACCAGUGAUGAUAAAACUGUAUUAAAUCUCAUUUUGAAGAAACCCUCCCCUAUUCUGUAGUCAGCUAAACUUUUAAUUACAUUAAUGUUAAGGACUUGAGAAUUACAUGACUGUGUUUAUCAUCCAGAUGUCAAUUAAAAACCUAAAAAUGGAACUAUAUUUAUAUAAGCCUAGGUAAUAUGGGCUUGAAAAAGCCCAUGAGGUGAAUAUGAACAUUAAACUUGGUUUUAAUUCUAACAGACUGUAUCUAAACUUGCCAUCGGUAUACUCCUAAUAGUACCCACAUAAAUUCUGAAUAUAAUUCUUUGUCGGUUUGCUGCAUUCAAUAUUUGGCAGUUUAGCAUAGACCUUGAGGGCUUACUGGGUUAUUAGGCUAUGUAAAAGUGGUUCAAAGUAUGAUCAUUCUUUUGUUAUUAAUUGGUAGGUCAUAUUUUCUCACACAUUGGGUAAAUGUCAAGCUUUCAGUCUUUGGAGAAUAACUUUUUGUAACAUUAGCCAUUAUUUGGUAACAGAAUUUAAGAAUGAAAUGAUGGAAGGUAUUACAUAUUUCUAAAACUUAAUUAAGCUCUAGAUCAGAUAACAAUGGAGGAAAGUGAUACCUGCAUUUUUUUCCCUAGUGUAAUCUUAAUUUACUAUUGUAGUUUUCAUUUAAAAGUUUGUAGGGAAAAAAAGUUUUCAAGGAACACUAAGAUUAAAUUCACUACGUUCAAAUACGCUUCCUUAUGAGAUUUAAAAUUCGCUGUGUGAAAUUAAAGUUUAAAAGACCUAAAAUAAAUGUACUCCCAAUAAAGAAUCAACACUGCUUCACAUGUUUUAUUUUGGUGUACAUUCUUCUAGAACCAGGUUCAUUUUUCCAGUUUUGUAGAAAAAUAGAUGUUCCAGCCACUAUUUACUUAACUGUCUAGUCUUUUAAGACCAAUCAGUAUGUUCCCUGGAAAGAUGAAUAAGUCUCAUGACUAAUUUUUUUUUAAAUUCUUUAAGACAAAGAAAUAACUUUCUUUUUUUUUUACUUCCAAAGCACAGUAUUUCAACAGCAGCAGCCAACAUGGGGUUUUAGCAGCUUAACUUUACCCCCUAAAUAAAGCUUUGUAUAAACCAGUGAUUUUACUACAAAAAACACUGUCCUUGAAAGAAAGGAGUGGCAGUCAGACAUCAAUGCAAAACUUGGAAUGAUUAGGUCAUAAACAUGGCACUUACAAAAGGUAGCUUAUUAGAAUAUUCCACUUAAGAAGAGGUUACUUUUCUGUCCCUCCUUUGCCCC